UCCUCCUCCCCCUCGUCCCCAUCCCUCCCUCCGCCCCGGCUCCCUCCCGCCGCAGCCAGUCCUGCGGCUCGGCUCAGCGCGGCUCGGCUCGGCUCGGCUCGCCAUGGUGCAGCUCGGGGGCGGCCGCGGAGCCCCACCACCGGCCCCAGCCGCUCCGCCCGCUUUCAGCAUCGACAGCAUCCUGCAGACCGGUCCUCGCCGCGCGGCCCGGGAGCAGGGCCGAGCCCGCUGCGCCCUGCCGGAGGAGGAGGAUGAGGAGGAGGAAGAUGAAGAAGAGGGCCCUGCGGAGCGAGACCCCAAUAAAGGCUCCAACGACUCGGGCAGCGUAAUGCUGUGCUUUGCCGUUGCAGGCAGCGAGCCCCGCCGGCUGCAGGCAGAGGGGCCGGGCCGUGGGCUCCGCCCGGGGACCGAGGGCAUCGUCGCGGUGUCGCCGCUCCCCGCGGAGGGACCGCGCGGUCCCUGGCAGCCGUCGCCGAGGGAUGCUGGGGGUUGCGGCGGGGAGAGCGGCAGGUCGCCGGCGGUGGGAGGCAAGAAGAAGACGAGGACCAUCUUCUCCAAGAGCCAGGUCUUCCAGCUGGAGUCCACCUUCGACGUGAAGCGCUACCUGAGCAGCGCCGAGCGGGCCGGGCUGGCGGCCGCGCUGCACCUCACCGAGACCCAGGUGAAGAUCUGGUUCCAGAACCGGCGCAACAAGCUCAAGAGACAGAUGUCGGCCGAGCCCGAGGGGCCGGGGCCGGGGCAAGCGGAGCAUCCCGGGGAACCGCCACCCCUGGCUGCCUCCGCGGCUGUGUCCCUGCCGGCCAUUUACAAGGACAGCACCCUGCUCAGCCGCUGCCUGCUGCCUCUCCCCUUCCCUCUGCUCUACCCGGGCAGCGCCAUCCCUUACCUCUGCCUCCCCGGCCCGGGCAAACACUUCAGCUUGCUGGAUGGGGACGUAUAGCCUCGCCCCUCGGCUCCCCCCGUUCUUCUUGCCGGGGACCGCACCGAUGGUAUUUAUGCCCCAGCCGUGUCCGCCUUCGCCCCGAUCCGUGGCAGCCGCCCCCCUGCCCACGGAGGGGAUGCCCGGGCUCACCCCCGCGUGUCCGUGGGCAGCCUACACGUUGUUAGAGCUCUCGCAGCGCUCUUUCUCUGGGCAGGACGGAGGAGAGAACGGAGGUGCCAAAGAAACAGGGCUGUGUUCUGCCUUCCUCCCUCCGAAAUUAUCCCGUGCCCGGUAUUUCAGGGGAGCCGAUGCCCUGCCUUGGACCACGGGGACGGUGUCACCACUCCUGUCUCUGAGACCUGGCAGUACCGUUCAGUUCAGCCUGCUCAGCGCCGAGGCUGCCAUUCGCUCCCCUCUCAGACUCUAAUAUCCCUCCAAUUAACUUCUCCCCAUUUUUGACAUUAUCAAUAUAUACACACCUUUCUAAAUCUGGUUCGCAAACUGUGGCUUCUCAGAUUUUUUUUUACCCCCCCCCCC